UCCAGGGGCUGGGAGCAGUGGCUUCAACUGCGUUCUCCGCCCCCGCAGGAAACGCCGGGGGGCCGCCCUAGCGCGCGGUCUACAAAGCCCAGAGCCGGAGGCGGGAGGGGCUGGGCGCGCCCAGGAGGCCGGGGACCCCCUCGCUCUCAGGCUCCCGCCGGGCUCCCCCAUCAGGCCGCCCCGACCCCAUGCGGACCCCCAGGCCGGAGCUGAGAGCCUGGCGCAACUUGGACCGAAAUCUUGAGGCGGCCUUAGCACGUCAGACAGAGCGGUGCUUUUCUACUGAUGCGCUGCUGCAUCGAAACCACCGCAUCCAAAGGUCCCUUGCAUCAAGACGCCGGGCCUCUGGAGUGGAGGAAACCGAGAUGCGGGAGAAGGAUGCGGCUGGGCCGCCGGGCCGUGUGUGUGCUGGUCCUGCUGCUCGCCUGCGCCUCGCUGGGGCUCCUGUACGCGAGCACCCGGGACGCGACCGGCCUCCGGACACCUCUGGCGCUGUGGGCGCCCCUGCAGGCGCCCCCCAGGCCAGAGCUCCCAGACCUGGCCCCGGAGCCCCGCUAUGCACACAUCCCUGUUAGGAUCAAGGAGCGAGUGGUGGGGCUGCUCUCUAGACACAACUGCAGCUGUGAGCCCAGUGGGGGGAGCCUUCACCUCCCCUUCCAGAGGCAGGUCCAAGCCAUUGACUUCACCAAGGCGUUUGACCCUGAGGAGCUGAGGACUGCCUCUGCCUCGAGGGAGCAGGAGUUUCAGGCCUUCCUUUCAAGGAGCCAGUCCGCUGCUGACCAGCUGCUCAUAGCCCCUGCCAACUCCCCCCUCCAGUACCCCUUGCAGGGUGUGGAGGUGCAGCCGCUCAGGAGCAUCUUGGUGCCAGGGCUGAGCCUGCAGGCAGCUUCUGGUCAGGAGGUAUACCAGGUGAACCUGACUGCCUCCUUGGGCACCUGGGAUGUGGCAGGGGAAGUGACCGGAGUGACUGUCACUGGAGAGGGGCAACCAGAUCUCACCCUCACCAGCCCAGGGCUGGACCGACUCAAUCGGCAGCUGCAACUAGUCACUUACAGCAGCCAAAGCUAUCAGGCAAAUACAGCAGACACAGUCCGGUUUUCCACUGAGGGACAUGAGGCAGCCUUCACCAUUCGCAUAAGACACCCCCCCAACCCUCGGCUGUAUUCACCUGGAUCUCUAUCCCAGGGAGCCCAGUACAACCUCAGUGCUCUGGUCACCAUCGCCACUAAGACCUUCCUUCGUUACAAUCGGCUACGGGCACUCAUUGCCAGCAUCCGCCGCUUCUACCCGACGGUCACCGUGGUCAUCGCUGACGACAGCGACAAGCCUGAGAGCAUUAGCGGACUCCACAUCGAGCACUAUCUCAUGCCUUUCGGCAAGGGUUGGUUUGCAGGCCGAAACCUGGCCAUAUCCCAAGUAACCACCAAGUACGUGCUGUGGGUGGACGACGACUUCAUCUUCACCGCACGGACGCGGCUGGAGAGGCUGGUGGACGUGCUGGAGAGGACAUCGCUGGACCUGGUGGGGGGCGCGGUGCGCGAGAUCUCGGGCUUCGCCACCACCUACCGGCAGCUGCUGAGCGUGGAGUCCGGCGCACCAGGCCGCGGGAACUGCCUCCGGCAAAGGCGCGGCUUCCACCAUGAGUUAGUCGGCUUCCCAGGCUGCGUAGUCACUGACGGUGUGGUCAACUUCUUCCUGGCGCGCACCGAUAAGGUGCGAGAGGUCGGCUUCGACCCACGCCUCAGCCGCGUGGCGCAUUUGGAAUUCUUCCUGGAUGGGCUUGGUUCCCUUCGGGUGGGCUCCUGCUCAGACGUCAUUGUGGAUCAUGCAUCCAAGCUGAAGCUGCCUUGGACAUCAAAGGAUGCUGGGGCAGAGACUUAUGCCCGGUACCGUUAUCCAGGAUCACUGGAUGAAAGUCAAGUGGCCAAACACCGCCUGCUCUUCUUCAAACACCGUCUGCAGUGCAUGACCUCAGAGUGAUGGCCACUCAGAGCCUUCUGUAAGGCUGGGCCUGCCUCCUUGUCCCUACCAGGAAUUUCUAGCAAACCCACCACCCAGUGAACACUGACUCUCCCUGAUGCCCUUCAGAACCUAAUCCCAAAUAGGGGCCUGUCCUGGUGACACUCCUCCUGUUCAAGUACCCAGGGACAGGAUAGAGCCAUAACUUGUCCCAUAGCCAGUGCCAAGUGCUCCCCCAACCCCCUUCUCAUGGGGCAGGAAGUGGGGGAGGUCACUUUCCAAGUGCCAAAGAGCCCAUGGGGACUCUUAGAACCUAAAGUGGAGACACUCCCAUCUCCUAGGGACUGAGGGGAUGGGAAAACCCCCAACAUGUAUUCCCAGGUCUGUGCUGCUGUUCCUCAUCCCUGGAUCCAGGACUCUGUGCACUGGCUCCAGCCCCAUCCCCAUAGAGAGAGCCAGGGACUAUGGAGCUGGGGUCACAGCUGAACACACAAGUGAAAGCUGUUUUCAGUUGUGUCUCUGUGGUGCUGUGGGCAUAGAGGUCAGUGAACCAAGGGUCCAUGUGUGGAUGCCCAAACUCACUUCAAGACUCCCAGAGGCUCUCAGCUUCAUUUUAUUAGUUACAUUAGGGAAGAGACCUCCUCAUGCACACAUUGUUGGGAUCCUCCACCCUCCAAUUGACCAGGUCAGACCCACACUGUGCAAGGCUUUGGACCAGUGGGCUCCUGGAAAAAGGAGGGAACAUGUCAGGGAUAGACCAGGUACCCCCUCACCCUAUAUUUGGCAGUCUUCUGAGGGCCACACACCCCUCAUUGGGAGCUUAGUUCCUCCUUUCUUCACCCAUAACUAGACUACUUCUUAAGUUGACUAAUCAUUUCGUCCCAACCCCUUCCUCCUCAGCUUCUUCCUCAGUCCCCUAACCAAAUCCCUCUGCCUGGAUCUUCAUCCACUGAUUCAUACUUCACUGGCUUUAGCCCAGCACCUCCUGGAUCCCACUGCCUUUGCUGCUGUCCCUCACCAGUCUCUCCAGGGCAUGAACAGCUGCAUCCUGGACACUCACAAACAGCUGCUCUGGGGUCACUCCAUCCAGGAGCCCUGCCUGGGUCAGUGUCCCCAGCACUGAGGCUGUGUGGAGAGAGGGGCCAGGCUCUUAGGUCUUAAGUGAACACAGUGUACUCUUAGCUCCCCCAAGUGUCCAGCCAUCUCCCAGGUUGCAGAGCCCUCCAGCCUCCACACUUCUCACCAUUACACUGAGCCAGGAGAAGGUGGAUCCCAGCAUCUCGGCAACGGCUGGCCAGCUGCAGAGGUUGGGCAGGGGUUAAUGCUAGAGCAGAGAAUAUGCUUCAAAUGACAAGGGGCUUUUCUCCUCCACCUAUGCUCUCCCUCACCUGUACCGCUUCUCUGGCCCCAGCGGCAUCUGCAAAGGUGACCCCGCUGCAGUCUAGGACCACCACUCUGACAGGCUCAGCAACUAGGAUGGGAGAAGGCACAGUACCCAGAUGCUUCUAUGGGUCAUGCCCAAACCUGCCUCCUGUCAUCCCAUCUCACCUGCAUCAGAUGGGCCAUCUGUCUUUGGGGUCUCCUGUGAAUAGAGAAGGGGACUCAACACCUCUGAGACAUAAGCCUGAACAUAUACCCCUUGAGCACAGUGGUCCCCCUCAGAAGACCCACCUGCCUCCCAUUCCCAGAGAAGUCACACUUCCCUUUGACCAAGUCUCACCCUGCCUCCUUCUCCAAGCCCCAGAUGCUGCAGGAGGGUGCGGCGAAACUGCCCACAGGUCCCAAAGUACAGUGGUGUUGGAUAGCUCAGGAUGCAGAGCCCUGGGACCUGGAGGAGCUAAGGGGUCAGAGGGUUAGAGAAACAUCUGCAUCUAAUCUUCUCUUCCUUCUUUGGUAUAAUCCACCCACCUUAUGGCUCUCUCUGAGUGGCCUGUAGAGCUCAGUCCCCUCAGCAAGUCCAAGUGCCAGGCACUGAACCCUGGGCAGGAAACUGGGGUCAGAUUUCCAGCCUGGACUGGCUGGAGAGUCACCCCAAGCACUCUGUUCUCUCCCCUCCCGUAUCCCAACUCCUCUCAUCUCUGCUCCCACCUCUGGGUGCGGCAGACCACUGUCAUCAUGGAGAAGACCACACCUACAGCCAGGCCGAGGUCCACACUCAGAAUCACUACCGCCACCCACGUGACCAUCCACACAGCCUGCAGGAUAUGGAUGGGAGUGAAAUGCCCAGAAGAAAUUCCAGGCCACUACUGCCAGAGAAAGGGGCCCAGGGGCAGUGACUGACAGGGCAAGUGAUGGGGAGGGAUAGCCCAGGAGAAGAUAGAAAGAAUGCAGACUGGGGGACAGGACUGACCCAACAGGGGAUAGACACCAAAUGCAAUGACCCCAGAACUUGUACCAGCUGUGGAGUUACAAAAACUCAGGCCUGAGGGGUUCAAACCUCACCUUUCACCUUGUCUCUGAGUAAAGGGACUAGGAGGUAUGCAUGUUGGGGUUGGGGGGACUGCAUAACUUAAGACAAUAGGCUUUGAUCCUGGGCAGAGGCUGGGGAUCCAGGGAAAUGGGAGGGGGCACUCUGGGGUGAGGCUGCCAUUUCUCACAAAGUCCACACGGCUGAUGCGCCAUAGUUGUGGAAGUUCCUGCAUCUGGAAGAACAUCUGGCGCAUGCUGGAGAUGUUGAUGCAGGCCAGGACAGCCUUGGGGGAGAGGAGGUGAGCUGACCACCCCAAUGUCCUGGCAUGUAGCCAUCCCUGCCAGCCACCCCACACCUCGUCCCCUCUGCUCCUCACCUUGGGUAGAUAGUGGAAGAAGGGCCCCAGCCACAGCAACACAGACAAAACAACUAUGCAGGAGAAGAGGCCUGCCAGCUAGAGAAAAGAUGGACGGGAGCAAAGAAGUGAGAGAACCUCACCCACCCUGUGUGAGAGUUGCUCUCCCUGCCCAUUCUGCCUCUGCCUCACCUUCCUUGGAUGUCUCCCUCCUCCGAAAUCUUCUCCCACACAGACAUUCCUCACCCUUCAACUCCCCUCUUGAUAUUCUGUCGCUUAUACCUACCUUUCCCCUUCCCCCAAAUAAAUGCCUAUCAUUCACAGGUCUCUCCCUA